UCCCUACUGUCAAACACUCCGGUGAGGGUGACGUUUGUGUGACGACCACAAAUCCUCUUGCAAGUUGAAGUUUUUGGUCUCUUGGAAACGUAGGCCAUGGCACACUGUCAUUUCUUUUUCUUCAAAAAUCGGAGGUACCACCAUGAUGUUCCUGAUCCGUCAACCUCUGUUUCUUCUUCUGCUACUGACACAACAACUGGCUGCGGCGGUUGCCUUUUCGAUUCAGCAAGAGCGAUGGGACUACAAGGGCCAUCCCAUUGGCUAUGACCAGGCAGGGUCUGUGGAAUCUUCCUCCACCCCGAUUGUCCUCUUGAAUGGAUUUGGUGUGGGAUCCUUUCAUCAGCAUCGUCUCAUGGAACAGCUAUGUACUACUACUACCAGCCAGCGCAGUAUUUACGGUAUGGAUUAUCUCGGUCAAGGCCGAAGCUGGCCUCGAGACUGCAAUGACGGCUUUGGUACGUCCGAGCAAGACUUGCAGUACAGUGGAGACCUUUGGGUGGACCAAGCCAUUCAGUUUAUUGAGCAAGUGGUGCUUCCCAACCAAAACAACAAGCAGAACAAGAAGAAAAAACCCGUACAAAAGGUACACUUGGUGGGCAACAGUGUGGGAGGACACCUGGCCGUAUUUUUGGCGUGUCUUCGACCGGAUCUAGUAGAGUCCGUCACUCUGCUAAAUGCCACUCCUGUUUGGGGACUCAACUUGCCAGGGUGGUCGGGAUCCUUGCCAGCUCCCACCGUUCCUCGAAUUAUCGGCCGAUAUAUGUUUGACCGAAUGAGAGACUUUGGCACAAUUCGGAGAUUUCUGGAAAACUCGUACUUUUCCGAACAAGCCUACGAUGAUGAGCUGGUCCGACAAAUUCGAGAGUGUACCGAAGGGAACGGGGGGCAUGCUGCCUUUGCGUCCAUUAUGUGGUCGCCUCCUGUCAGAGCAGUCAAGGACGAAGCCGAUUCCAGCUCUGCAAAGGGUUUCUAUGAUUGUUUGGCCGCUCUGGAAUGUGAUGUACUCGUGGUCUUUGGAAAGGAUGAUCCAUGGUGCAAACCAGCAUUUGCCAAGAAAAUGCUACAAGCAUUGGAUACUCGACAACCAGACAAGGUACAUCGUUACGUCGAGCUAUCCAAUGUAGGCCACUGCCCAAACCAUGAAGCUCCUCAAGCCGUCUCGCAAUUGCUCCAAUUGUGGGUCAAUGCCGCGGAUAACCGAAGAUCGCUGCAACUUGUCAACGGGCCAACAGAGACCUUUACCGAACAAUGGGGAGACAUUACUGUGCAAGAGCUAGGAACAGACAGCAUUCCAAUGGGGCUCAUGGAUCGAGUGGCCACUGCCUUUGUGGGCUAAUAAUGAAUAGGCCGACCAAGGUAAGGAAGGGUGUGAGUUUUACUGGGUCAAAGCCAGCAUACCACCAACAGACUAGGAACUAUUAGUUAUCACUACCAAGUGCCCAGGUUAGACCAUUGGCAAGAACAGCCAACAGCAUGGCGUGAGCUUUUGGCACUAGGCCAGCUGCCCACUAUUAUUUAUGAAACUACCUGGUUUUCAGCAUCUCUGCCCCAGGGCAUGGUGAAGAGUGGGGGGGAGGAGAGUGUAUCGCAGUCCCAGCUUCCAGUUGUCAAACCACUAUGCCUUGGGAAUAUUCUCAUCUUGGGGCAGGGUAUGCUUCCUGGCACUGUGGCACUAGGGAAGGCUGACAUGAAGUUAUGUGGCAACAGCAUGGCCCAAGUGUUCAAGAGUCAGCCAUUGGACAUUAGUGAUUGACAGACCUUCCACCUUGACUUUGAUAGGAACCACCAACCGAGCAGUGAAAACUAUUAUAGAGUGUAGCUAUCGCAGUCUCAGCUUCCAGUUGUCAACCACUAUGCCAUGGGAAUAUUCUCAUCUUGGGGGUAUGGCACAGGGAAUGCUUCCAGGCACAGUGGCACUGGGGAAGGCUGACAUGAAGUUAUG